UUUCUCUGCAGUUCAAAUGUUGGAGAUGUGAUCUUCUAAAUCCUUUGUAAAACUAACCCUCUGAAACAUGAACGAGGAACGGGACAGACAUUGUUAGAUCAAGGUCGGGGUUAUAUAAACCAUAUUCUUUCCUCGCACCAGCGGGGUGGGCUGCGCGUCAUGUGACAAGGGGUGGGUUUCAGUUAGGUCCUGUAAGCAAAAGUAAAAAGCCUCCCUUGGAGCGCUUGACGGUAUAGAUUCUCAUUUGUGGUCUACUAGAAAUAUCUUCAACAUGUCUGGAAGAGGCAAAGGAGGUAAAGGGCUCGGGAAAGGAGGCGCCAAGCGUCACCGUAAAGUGUUGCGGGAUAACAUCCAGGGUAUCACCAAACCCGCCAUCCGUCGUCUCGCUCGCCGCGGCGGAGUCAAGCGCAUCUCCGGUCUGAUCUACGAGGAGACCCGCGGUGUGCUAAAGGUGUUCCUGGAGAACGUGAUCCGCGAUGCCGUGACCUACACCGAGCACGCCAAGAGAAAGACCGUCACCGCCAUGGACGUCGUGUACGCGCUGAAACGACAGGGACGCACUCUGUACGGUUUCGGAGGAUAAACACGUCUGUGAUGUCGUGAAAACCCAACGGCUCUUUUAAGAGCCACCCAUACAGUCACAUAAAAGAGUUGAUGUUUAAGUAAUGUUCCCGUUUUAUGCCUUCGUUGAAAAUGUAACUAGACUUGAGCGAAUUAAUCCUUCACUCAAGUGAAAUUAGUUUGCGCCCAAAAAACGACCCUUUUUCCGUAUUUCAGAGCCGAGAAUCGAUUCUCCUAAUUGAAGCUCGUACUUGUUUUCUUCAAUGGCGCACAGAAUUAAAGCGUUUUUGUUUUUGUUCUACAUUCAGUUUUCACUUGCUUGUUGAGCGUCUUCAUUCAACAGUUUUGUUUUUUUUAUUAUUAUCUGUUUGUUGUUGCUGUCUUUCAUUAAAAUUAGGUGGCAACUGUAUUUGAGUUAGAGAAGUGGAACUGACAGAACAGCAGCUGGAAAAAUAAAGCGUGUAAUCGUUGUCGCUCCCAUUUCUCCAGGUUCUCUUAAUGAUUCUAAUCUCUUAAUGAGGAAUUUAAAAAUACCCUGUAUGAUAUUUGAGACCCGUUUAUUUUCUUGUAUAAAACAUUAGUAACAAAAAGAGCGGGAAUUGAAACGGGCAACACAUUCAUAACGGCAGAUGUCGUUCAAACACUGGGCGGUGGGUGGGGCUA